UCUGGACUGCUCACAUGUGCUGCCCGGUGGUUGUGGGUGCACACUGCAGCUACUACUGGAUACAUUCUUUCACCCCCCCUUAACUGCUGCCACGGCACUACCAUGACAUUACCACAGCAAUCACGUGAAAUGGAAACUGUAACAUCUGUACAUGUUCUAAGUGCAGAGGAGGCCAUCUGAGGCUGCGUGUGAGCCAGGGAACUGGACUGGACUGUGGUGUUUCGUGGAGGAGGUGGGAGAAGAGGUGGAGGAGGGAGAACUGAGGGGACAGCUGGACAGAUGGAGGACGGCACCCAACAACUGGGACACUGCAUGGUUGACAUGAAGGAGCUGAGUGCCAACCCUGAAGGACUGACCGCUGCCGGUGUUUUUCUAACACCUAAGCUGCCUCAGGUGGAGUUCAGCCUUGCCUGUAAUGAUCUGGUGGCCUCAGGCAGAGACAGGAAGCCCAAUGCGUUGGUCCAGGUGGCUGUCAUAGAUCCCCACAAGCAGCAUCUCGUCUCUCAUGCCUGCACAGAGAUAGUGGAGGCGAACAAAGACCCGCUGUUUCUGACAGGGGUGACCUUCCCUUCAGAGUAUCCUGGUAGCCCGGAGACACUGGUCAAGCUAAGUGUGUAUGAUGCAAAGGACAAGAGCCAGGAAUCAAGCAGCUUCCUGGGUUGUGCCACAUUUUCAGUAGGCGAUCUGCUGAGGGCGAAAGAUGAACGACUGACCUUAAGUCUCAGGUCGUCUGAUGGUGUGUGCGCAGCGGGAACGGUGGUGGUAAGUCGUCUGAAGAUGGGGGAGAUGGAGGAGGUUGACGUAGACCACAUCACUACUGACAUACCAUCACACAAGUGUCCCUUGGUUUGUGAGUCUGCAUCCCACGCCUGCAUCGACAGAGAAAAUAACCCACUGACAGGGCCAGUGUUCAAGAACCCAAUAUGCAAGGUGUACAGAUUUCAAACCGUGGACAGCAAGUGGAUGCUUGUGCGAGAACAAAUGGAGGAGUGCACUUUGUCCUUUAGCAUCCCCAAACAGCUGCUCUCACUGUAUAUUCAGGAGGACAUAAGCAGGGUGCAGGACCUGAAGGAGCUGGGGGAGCUUUCUCCUCACUGGGACAACUUAAGAAAAGAGGUGAUGACACGAUACGGAGGAAUCAUCAGCUCUUACCAAGAGACUUUGGCUGAACUGGACAAGAUUACUGGUCAUUCAUUCAAGCCAAGCUGCUGCAAAGCCCAGAAAUCUCUGGAGUUCAUCCCAAUAAACUUGCACACCCAGCGGAUGAGGGUGACGUGCCCCAGAAAAACAGAUGCAUUCUAUGACGUUGUCACUGUCGGUGCCCCUGCUGCCCAUUUCCAGGGGUUCAAGUGUGGUGGUCUGCAGCGUCUCCUUAGCAGAUAUGAAGCAGAGAAAAAGAGCUUCAGCACUGCCUACCAGUGUAUCUACUACUCCCCAGAGCACACAGCCAAAGCUCAGGAGGUACUCAGCACCAUGAGCCUCCUCCAGCCCCUCAUCACAAGCUUAGCGGACCAGCUCCUCCAGGCUGCCCAGGAGCACUCUUCCCCUGGACUGAGGGAUGCACUCAAGAACCUUUCUGACAAGACAGAACAAUUUGUUCACACGCUUAAGGAUGAAUUGGUCAAGAGUGCGCUACUGGCACUGCAUGCAGCGCAGCCCGGAUACAUUUCCAAGAACCAGAAGCAAACCCCGAUGCAGGGAGGCCAACACCAAGGCCACAUCCACCAGGGCAGUGACCAGAAUCAGAGCCCAGUCCAGGGACUUCCAGGCCACAGUCCAGCCACGUCCAUCACUGACAGCACAGCAGUGUGUAAUAACGUGGAAGGAUCCCAAACCACGACUAGAGGCGAAGGUGGGCCGCUGAAGCACCAAGACUCCAUACCACACCAUAAAGAGUAUGACGAGGAGGAAUGGGACAGGGUGUGGGCCAACGUUGCCAAAUGUCUCAACUGUGUAAUCGCCAUGGUGGAUAAACUCCAGGAAGAAGACAACAACAAGCAGGAGCCAGUCCCUGAGCAGCACCUCGCUGAUGUCAUCACCUCACACAACCCGGGCGACUGGAGGGAGCAGCUGCGUCCUCUGGUGACCAGGUUAAAGGAGUGUGUGAUGGAGGUGGUGGAGAAGGCAAAGAGAGCCAUGACUUUUGUGCUCCUGCAGGAGGCAGCCUGCAGCAUUCCACAGGGCUUCCUCCUACAACAGAGGCGAGAUGUGGUCUUCAGUCAAGCACUAGCAGCAUUAGCCUGUGGUUUUGUCAUGAGGCUAUAUGCAGGAAUGCAGGACCAAGGCUUCCUGAGGCAGCUCCACCUAGUUGGCCUGGUGGCCCAGUUUGAGAGUCUGCUCAGCACCUACAGUGAGGAGAUCGGGAUGCUGGAGGACAUGGAGGUUGGAAUCUCAGACCUGCAGAGAGUCACGUUCCAGAUUACAGAAGCCAAGACAGAUGACCUUAGUGACCUCCAGCCUUUAGUGUGUGGCCGGCGAGACCACUUCACAGUAGAAGUGCCAUUACCACGACUGGUUUUCCAGACCUUGCCAGAGGAGAUCAAGGAGGGCAAGCCUCUACGAGUAUUCCCGGUGCUGUUUAACGUGGGCAUCAAUGAACAGCAAACAAUAGCAGAGAGGUUUGGAGAUAUCUCUCUACAAGAAAGAAUAAACCAGAGGAACUUUGAGAUGUUAGAAGCCUAUUGCAAAUCAUUAAGUGAACAGGUGCCACUAGAAUUUCUACCAUGUUUUCAGACACCAACUGACAUAAAGGAAUUACUUGAAACCCUGGGCCAGAAUGUAGUUACAAAGAAGAGAAAGAACGUGGAGAUACUGUGGAUUGCUGGAACAAUCUGCCGAAGGUUAAAUGGCAUCAGGUUUACCAGCUGUAAAAGUGCCAAAGACCGGACAUCCAUGUCUGUCACAUUAGAGCAGUGUGCCCUCCUACGUGACGAACACCAGCUCAGCAAGGAUGUCUUCAUCCGUGCACUGGACUGUAUGCGGAGAGAAGGAUGUCGGAUUGAGAACGUUCAAAAGAAUAUUAAAUGCAGGAAAUAUGCCUUCAACAUGUUGCAGCUGAUGGCCUUUCCCAAGUGCUACCGACCACCAGAGGGAACUUACGGCAAAGUUGACUCUUGAGGACGUAAGCCAUGUACUGUAAAACCAUUGUCAUUGUGUGUUACCCAAGUAGUUAUUUUUUCAUGGCCUAAGCAGUGCAACUGUGUUGGCAAACUAUAGUUUGUCUAGAGUCUUUGUGUGGCUGUACAGUAUGUUAAUGAUUUGUUUUAAGAUGUUAAGCCGUUCAACCUGCAUUUGUGUGCAUGAAGAAUUGUGUGUGUGAGAGAGAGAGAGAGAGAGAGAGAGAGAGAGAGAGAGACACACAACAGUAUUAACUAAAAUGUUCACUUACUACCUUUUCUGAGCUAUUUUAGAAGUGAUUCAGUAAAAACUUCGAGUUGAGAGUAUUUUUUGUUAAAUAUGCUGUUCCCACGGUCGAGAAUAAACUUCCAUGCUAUAGUGAUUUUUGGAUGGGAGUAUAAACCCCUCUCUACAAUGACUUGGAAACAAACCGUUUAUAGCCUAAUUCCAUGUUUGGAUGCACUUUUACAUAAUGAAAGUGCAGAUUCAUAGCUGAAAGUGUCCAGCUGUAUAGGAAUUUGUACAUUUCUGCAGUUCUUGAUCAGCUGAUCUGUAUUUUUAUGGCAUCACAUAUUCAGGUCUAAACUUGUUUUUGACUGUUGCAGACAUAUUUUCAUUAAUUUGUAAUAAGUAACAUACCAGUAUUUCAAAGCACAUGUUGAAUCCUGUUUUCUAACUCAUUCCAUUAUCUUAAUGGUUGCACUUAAUCUUUUUCCAUAAUCAUUUUAUAUCUCAAGGUACAGACCAGUGAAACCAUAUGAAGUACAGGUGGAAGUUAGAACAGAAUGAGAAUAUUGGACCAUUAUUUCUGAAUGCUAUAUAUAAAAUUCAAAUAUUUAUUUUUGUAUUCUUAAACAAUUUUCUUUUAUUCUAAGGGCUGAUACCUUGGACCUUAAUGCAUGUUUGAAAUGUAUUUGUUGUGUUGUAUAUUGGACAUUUACAAUUGUCUAUUUGAAAUAAAAUAAUGGAUUGAU